GGCGACGUGGAUAGCUUGGCUCGCCAUCGACGGAUGGCAGCGGAUGGCCCGCCGUGAUUGCCGGGCCGUGGGUUGAGAUCUUGAGAGCUCGCAGCUAAUGGUGUUAUCUACGAUCGCUGCAUCUCGCCGUCUCCUCAGCAGAGUCACCGCAGACGAUGACUACCCUCGACGUCGCCAAAGCGCGCAAAGCGUUCCCCGCCCUCUCAUCUACUUUCAUUUACGCCGACAACGCUGGCGGCUCGCAAUGCCUCGCGGACGCCGCUGCCCGCAUCUCGGACUACCUUCUGCACACGAACGUCCAACUUGGCGCGGAUUACGCAGUCUCGGUUGCAAGCACCGGGCGUGUUGCGGCUGGCGCGGAGGCCGCACGGGAGCUGUUCAACGCGGAGAGUGUGGACGAAGUGGCGUUUGGGAGCAGUGCGACGAUGCUUGUGGAGAACUUGGCGCGCGCGAUGGAGAUAGAUGUGCAUGCGGGAGAUGAGCUGAUCAUCACUGGGGAACAUGAAGCGAAUGGAGGUCCAUGGAAGAGACUUGCAGCCCGCAGAGGAGCGACGAUCAAGACCUGGAACGCCUCGCACAUCUCUGCAUAUCCCAAUAACCCUUACGCGGUGUCGUUGCAACUGGACGAUCUGCUCCCGCUCAUCAGCACCAAGACACGGCUGGUCGCGUUCACCGGAUGCUCGAACAUCCUUGGAUCCAUCGUCCCGGUGAAGGAAGUAGUACAAGCGGUGAGAAGACGGGCAAAGGAGUUGGGAGCGGGAAAGGUUGAGGUCUGUGUGGAUUGCGUCGCGUACGCUCCCCAUAGACGGAUGGACGUUCGCGAUUGGGAUGUCGAUUACUGCGUAUUCUCCAUGUACAAGGCAAGUUAUUCGAUAUGGUUGCGAAGACCUACUGAGGUCCAACUCAUGCAGGUAUACGGCCCGCAUGCCUCGGUGCUCUAUACUCGCACCACCUCACUGAGACAAUCACUCUCGUCACUCGCACAUCACUUCCUUGCACCUCAAGUUGUAUUAAAGCCAUAUAAGUUGCAGCCCGGGGGCCCAGGAUACGAGGUUGUAUACGGAUGCACCGCCGUCCCGGUUUAUCUACGUUCGCUCACGCCUUCUUCAUCCCUCGAAGACGCUUUUGAUGCGAUUGCAAAGCACGAGCAGACACUCAUCGCUCCUCUGCUCGCGUACUUGCGCAGCAAGGAAAGUAGAGGGGUGAGAAUCGUGGGCGAUGAAGGAGAGAGUCUGAACAGGGUGCCGACCAUAAGCUUCGUAGUGAUCGGGAAGCGGGCGAUGAGAAGCAGUGAUGUCGUGCGCGGGUUUGACGAAAGGGAAGAAAUCGGCAUCCGUUAUGGACACUUUUAUGCCUACACCUUGGUGGACACACUAGAGCCGAGACUCGAGACGGAGGAUGGAGUAGUGCGGAUCUCUCUCGUACAUUACAACACGGUCGACGAGGUCGACAGGAUCAUUGAGACGCUGGAGGAGACACUAGCGUGAAUACGUUGGCAGUGGGUGGUCGUUAAAUAUUUUUAAGUGCGCAUUAUGGAAUGAUAAUUCCGUCGGAGUGAGAAGGG